CCGAAUAUAUGCGAUAAAGUAAAAAUGGAGGAUGUGACAAUAUUUAAGUUUCAAGUUUUGUUCAAAUAUAGACGGAAAUUUACAUCAUAUGGGACUAUCGUGCUGUACAUGAUAUUAAUUACAAGCUAUUUAAUACCUGCAGACUCUAAAGAGAACUGUGAUGUUUCGUGUGAAAAUGGGAACUGCAAAAACGGGAAGUGUGUAUGUUUUCCAGGUUGGACAGGUACUUCUUGUCAGUCGUGCGGUGGUCGCGUCAGGUUAACAGACCCCAGUGGCUAUAUUCAUGAUGGUGCUGGAAAUUACAGUACAGAUAGUAAGUGUUCCUGGCUGAUAGACAGUGGUCAGGACAACGUUCCCAUUCACUUUCGCCUGAAACACUAUGCCACAGAAUGUUCCUGGGAUCACCUGUACAUAUAUGAUGGAGACUCGGCCUUCUCCCCACUUCUAGCAGCUUUUAGUGGAUUGGUUGUACAAGAGACGUUAAAAAACCAGAGCCAUAGUGUCCCAGAAGUCACAACCAAGUCGGGCAAAGCUUUUCUUUAUUUCUUCAGUGAUGCAGCUUACAACAUAUCAGGAUUCAAUAUUUCAUAUCAAAUCGGAGGUUGUCCCAAUAAUUGCUCUGGUCAUGGAAGCUGUAAUGGGCAUGUCUGUAACUGUAGCCAAGGCUGGAGAGGUGUCUCAUGCUCUGAGGAGAUAUGUCCCAAUGAUUGUGGGAGAUAUGGACGCUGUAACUACACUGUAGGGGGAUGCUAUUGUAACACGGGGUUCUUAGGUCCAAGGUGCAAUUUAACAGAGAAGAAUGGCACAUGGGAACAAGUAGCGUACACUACCUCUGUACACAUAGAUGGAAGAGCUUCUCAUAGGACUGUGUUACAUGGAGAUCACAUGUGGUUGAUUGGGGGAGAACAUUUUGGUGGAUCUACAUUUCAGCAGAUAGCAAGAUUUGAUAUGGUAAACAAGUUUUGGGAAGCAGUAGAGCCCAGCACAGUUAUAAAUCCACCCAAAAGAUAUGGACAUACACUGGUAAUGAUACAGAAUGACAUAUAUAUGUAUGGAGGACUGGUGGGCAAAAAGCAAGUGACUAAUGAACUGUGGAAGUUCAAUAUAAAUACAAAAGACUGGUUGCUGGUCAACCAGACUGGACUUCAGGUUGUUGGACACACUGCCCACUACGUGAAUGGUGAAAUGAUAGUCAUAUUUGGACACAGUCCUGUCUUUGGUUACUUGAAUACUGUGCAGAAAUGUGAUAUAGUCAUUGGAUCCUGUCAGCUUGUCCAGACAUCAGGGGCAAUUGUAAAGGGAGGUUAUGGCCAUACAAGUGUUUACCAUAAAGAUAAGAUCUAUGUUCAUGGUGGCUACCACUCCACUGCAGUAUCCACAUACAAGAUAUCAGAUGAAUUAUAUAGCUUUGAAACAACCACAAACAAAUGGGUGAUUUUACACAGCAGUGGCCAGAGGCGCUACCUUCAUUCAGCAGUUGUCAUCAGUGGACUAAUGUUGGUGUUUGGUGGAAAUACACACAAUGAUACUUCUACCAGUCAUGGGGCAAAAUGUCAUUCCCUUAAUUUUUUGGGAUAUGACCUUGGUUGUGAUCAGUGGUACACCUUACCUGAGCCCAGGGUGAGAGGAGAUCUCGCAAGAUUUGGACAUUCAGCAGAAGUGUAUGAUCAGAAAAUGUUCAUCUAUGGUGGCUUUAAUGGACUUAUGUUAGGAGAUAUGUUUCAGUACACACCAGGAAAAUGUGAAAAGUAUGGAACCAAAGAAGACUGCAUUUCCACUCACCAGGGCUUGCGAUGUACUUGGUUGGACAAAUGUUAUUCACUAGAAGAUGCAGAGAAAAUGCCCGGGACGAGGGUUGAGCCUUGGUGCAAAAGAAAAGACAUUGGGAAGAGCUAUUGUGAAAAUUUCACUUCCUGUCCAAGCUGUCAAGAGAAUACAUACAACUGCACUUGGUGUGGGCAUCAUUGCAAGUCCAAGGAUAACUGUAGUUCUUUUAAUGGUCUCCAGGAUACAUGUUCAUCACAUGACCAAGGUGCAGAGUGUCCCUAUCUACACAAUUGUGCAGCAUGCUUUCUGGCCUCAGCCAAUUGCACUUGGCGAGAUAGUACUAAAGACUGUUUUCAUGAUGGCACCACAGACCAGGCAGUGCUUGCAGAGGGAGAGGUGGAUUACCAACAACGCUGCAAUCCUCCCUGCUCCAGCUUUAAUGACUGUGGCAACUGUACCUCAGCCAAGUGUAUGUGGUGUGGUAGUGAGAACCGCUGUGUGGACUCUAAUUCCUAUGUGGCGUCUUUCCCUUAUGGACAGUGCCUGGAGUGGACCACUGAAGAGAAAAGAUGUGCAGCGACCAAAUGUUCAGAGCUAAGGACUUGUGAACAGUGCCAGUCUAAUCCACUGUGUGGCUGGUGUGAUGAUGGCUCUAACACAGGGAUAGGCCACUGUAUGGAGGGGGACAACCAGGGACCAGUGGUCAGAAAUGGCUCCAUUGUACUGACCAAACCAGCCUUGUGUCCAGCACCAAGUUGGUACUUCUAUAGUUGUCCAUUAUGUCAGUGCAAUGGCCAUAGUGAAUGUUACAACAAUACAGCCAUCUGCAAGAAAUGCACUCAAAAUACACAAGGUUCCCAGUGUGAAAUAUGUGCACCAGGGUAUUUUGGUGAAGCCACCAAUGGAGGGAUCUGCAAACCAUGUGAAUGCAAUGGUCAGGCAGACUUCUGUGAACAUGACACAGGGAUGUGCCACUGCCGCACCAGAGGAGUACGAGGAAAUUUUUGUGAAGUAUGUGACAAGGACAACCGUUACUAUGGCAAUCCAAAGACUGGGACAUGCUUUUAUGAACUGCCCACAGACUACCAAUUCACCUUUAAUCUUUCCAAGGAAGGUGACCGAUACUUCACUCAGAUCAAUUUUAUGAAUAAACCUGGAACUAAUGAUCGAGAUUUAGAGUUUAUGAUCAAUUGUUCAAAGCCAGCAUUGAUGAAUAUUACAGUAGCUGUUGACGGAAAACCAGAGACUACUAGGGUAGAACUACAUAGUUGUUUGCAUAAUUAUCCAUACAAGACAAAAUUUCUACACAAGGAUUACAAUUUUGGUGAAGGCACAAACACCACAUUCUAUGUAUAUGUGUAUAAUUUCACAACACCUAUGUGGUUACAGAUCUCAUUUCAAGCACGGUAUGCCUAUCUGUUUCCAAUUCCAAUUAAUUUACCAGUAUUUUUUGGUGCCUUUCUUGGUUGUUUUAUAUCCCUCCUUUUGAUUGCCAUAAUUAUAUGGAAAAUCAAGAUCCGGUAUGUUCUCUACUUAUCAAGACAGCGGAUGUUUGUCCAGAUGCAGCAGAUGGCCAGCCGUCCAUUCAGUAUAGUUAGCCUGGACUUACAAGGUGGAAAUGAUGAGGAACAUUUACAGCUCAAGGAAAAACCAUUACCACAACCUCCUGUAGAUCUUCGGAAAAGGAUGAAAAAUAAUUUAAAGCCUUGCAAAUCCAGCCCAGUAGCUAUAGAGCCAUUACGUGGCCAUAAAGCUGCGGUGCUGUCCAUAGUCAUCCAAUUGCCCACUGGUGAUGAAGAUUUCACACCUCAAGGCCAGAAUGGGUUAGCUAUAGGCAGUGCUCUAGUUUCAUUAGGUCCUGGAAUUCAACGAGAGAGGAAAAGUAGUGUAGACCACAGUAAAUCCGACAAAUCAAAGCACAAAGGGAAACAGGCGCAGUCUCCUACCAGUGACAUUUGUGUGUAACACAGGACUGUCCUCGCUGGGUAGCAACAAACUUGUUCACAGUUUAUCAUUCUUAAAGGUUUUUUUUUUACAAUUAAUGGAAUGAAGAAUUCCAUAGACAAAUGAAACUGAUAGAUGGUAGACAAAUGAUAAGCAUUAGAGGUGAUUCUUAUUAGGCAGCACAGCAUUGCUGUUGUGUGGAAUAUCUCUGGUAUUGAUAAUUAUAGCGUACUUGUCUCUAUAAGACAUUUAAAAUGAAUGUGAUAUAGUUAUUAAAUUUUUCUUACAUUUGUUAUAGUUGUAAUGAAGCUAGAUCUUUUUUGCCUGACAGGCACAAAAUGAGUAACAGUAGCAUCAAGUAAAUCUUCAAUUGUCAAUUGACAUGUUGUUAGUAUGAUUAUCAGGGAGGGUGGAUAAGGACAUAAUUGAUCAAAAUGUCUCAUUGAUAAGAUGCACAGCUGAAUGUGAUAAGAAGAAAUUGUUUCAGAUUAACUGUAUUUCAAGAAGAAACAUGUUCUUUUCUGUCCUUGUUUGUUACAUUUUCCAGAGAUGAAUGUGUAUCCAAGAAGUUGUGUCCCAUAUUUGAAAUAGUUGAACACUGGUGAAAUACAUUUAUAAUGCAGAUUUACAGUUACGAGUCGAAUGCAACUUGGGAAUAUUCAGCCUUCAGGUAUUAAGUGCAAUAGUAAUAUGUCAGUUGAUACUUGUUCAUAUAAAUAUUCACUUGGUGCUUAUGUAAAAUUACUAUGGAAAAAAAGAGCAAAUAAAAUUUUCUAUAUAUUUAAA